AUGAACGAGCAGACAAAAGUUGUAAGUACCCUGUUGGCUUCUCAUUUCAAACUUUUUGCACAACUAUCUCCUUCGACGAAUACGGAACAAGAAUACAUGUUACAAGUUCCGUAUUCUAAUGCAGUAGGUAGCUUGAUGUAUGUAAUGGUGUGUACAAGGCCCGACAUUUCACAGGCAGUUAGUAUAGUGAGCAGGUACAUGCAUAAUCCUGGAAAAGGACAUUGGCAAGCUGUGAAAAGGAUUCUACUGUAUAUUCGGAAUACCAUGGAUAUUGGAUUACUGUUCAAGCAGGAUACUACACUUGGUAAAGGUGUUAUUGAGUACGUUGAUUCUGAUUAUGCCGAUGAUUUAGACAAACGAAGAUCAACCACUGGUUAUGUGUUUACACUUGCUGGAGGACCAAUAAGUUGGAAGUCUACACUGCAGUCUACAGUUGCGUUGUCAACCACAAAAGCUGAAUACAUGGUUGUAACAGAGGCUGUAACAAAGGCUGUAAAGGAAACUAUUUGGUUACAAGGUAUGGUUAAAACCUUGGGAUUGGUUCAGGAGCAUAUUAACGUGUAUUGUGAUAGUCAAAGUGCUAUUCAUUUAGCAAAGAAUCAAGUCUAUCAUGCACGUACAAAGCAUUCGACGUACGUUGAUGAGGGGAAAAUUCACCUUCAGAAGAUUAAGACUGCAGAUAAUCCCGCAGAUAUGAUGACCAAGGUGGUAACAACAAUCAAGUUCGAACAUUGUUCGAACUUGAUCAAUAUUCUGCAUGUUUAA